AUGGUGCGUGUCCAGAUCCCGCACCACUUCCGGUGCCCCAUCUCACUGGAGCUGAUGCGGGACCUAGUGAUGGUGUCGACGGGGCAGAACUAUGACCGGUCCAGCAUCGAGCCUUGGAUCGCCACCGGCAACACUACUUGCCCCGUCACCCGCGCCCCGCGCCCCGCUCCACAACUCCGCCCUCAUCCCCAACCACACCCUUCGCCGCCUCAUCCAGUCCUAGUGCGUCGCCAACCGCCACUUCGGUGUGGAGCGCAUCCCCACCUCGUAGCAGCCCACCGACCCCUCCCACGUUCACGCCCUCCUCUCCCAGGCCGCCUCCACGUCGUCCGCCGCCGCCGCCGCCCCCGGCUCUCCUCCUCCUUCCGUAAUAGACUCACUCCAAGCGCCGCCGCCAGAGUCGUUAUCUUCCUCAAGCAAGAUGAUCGUCAAGGCAGUGGCGGCCACUGUGGCCAGCCAUGGACAACACUUGCUCGACCUCAAACUCGGAGCUUUGGUUAG